CAACCAUCUCAAACAAACUAACAGUUUUCAAAAAAAUGCCAUCUACCUACCUCCAGUCCCUCCAAAAAGACGGCUUUGUCGUUAUUCCCUCGCUCCUCCCGCCGUCCUCUAAGGAAUUUGCAAACCUUAAACAAGCCGCCAUAACUGCAACAACUAUUACCCGAACUGGUGCCUGGCCUUACUUCCGCACCGUUCCCAAGCAGUUUCCACCGUGGCCAACAAACGUGCCACCUCCUGCCUCCGAGGGCGGAAUAUGGGGGGUGCAGCACCUCCUGCACCCCGAUAUGCCGGGAAGAGAGGACUUUGCGAGGUUCUAUUUCGACGACAGAAUCUUAGGAGUUGUUGAGGAAUUGCUUGGCUUGGAUUCUGCUGGCGAAGAAGCAAAGAAGGAUGAUAACGAGAUGCUAGUAAUGGAGCUCUUUAACCUUCUCGUCGCACCGGAGACGCAUGACUUCGCGCUCCGUUGGCACCGUGACGAUAUACCUGAGACCGUAUCGCCAGCUGAGGAGGAGAAGCUCCUCGCGUCUAAGAGCCCUGGUGGUAGACAGUCACAUGCGCAAUACAAUCUUGCCCUCUGCGAUGACUCGUCGCUAAUCGUGAUUCCGGGCUCGCACCGCCGCGUGCGUACCGAGACAGAGCGCGCAGCAGAUCCGUACGAGAAUGACCUUCCUGGGCAAUUGGUCGUAGAGUUGAAGGCAGGGGAUGCGGUCUUUUACGAUAGCAAUAUCUUGCACCGCGGAGUGUAUAAGGCGAAGGAAGAAGGCGGCGAGGAGUCGCGGUUGACGUUGCAUGGAAGUGUGGGGAUCAAGGAGACUGAGGACGGGGGAGGUGAUGGCAGUAAGAAGGUGAGGGCGACCGCGGUGUUGCAGCAUGGCGUUGGAGCCUGGGUGCAGAGGGAGGAUGCGGUGUUCGGCAUCGGGGAAAGGGCAGAGAAGAUGAGAGCGAAUUUAGUGGCCAUGGGAACCGGGGAGGGCGUUGGGUAUUCUUUGCAGGGAUGAGUGUGCUUUUUAUUGCAUGCAUAGCGGUUCAAUAUUGUAUGUAUGUACAUCUUAAGCAAGCCUCGAUGUAUAUACUCGAAAUGCAAUGGGAAUGUAAUAUUCGCCCGA